AUGACGGCUCCACUGUCCUCCAUCAGCAAGAGAAGAAUCUCUUGUAAGGACCUGGGUCGUGGAGACUGUGAAGGCUGGCUGUGGAAGAAGAAGGACGCUAAGAGCUAUUUCUCGCAGAAGUGGAAGAAGUACUGGUUUGUUUUGAAGGACGCCUGCUUGUACUGGUAUAUGAACGAAGAGGAUGAGAAGGCCGAAGGGUUUGUCAGCCUCCCUGAGUUUAAGAUCGACAGAGCCAGUGAAUGUCGCAAAAAAUAUGCGUUUAAAGCGUGCCAUCCCAAAAUCAAGAGCUUCUACUUCGCAGCCGAUGGCGUGGACGAUAUGAACAGAUGGUUGAGUCGUCUCAACAUGGCGGCUGCCGGCUACGCAGAAAGAGAGCGAAUCCGUCAAGAACAAGCAGACUACUGGAGUGAAAGUGAACAUGAAGACAAUGAGACGCCCUCGACGCCCAAGCAAGACAGCCCACCGCCCCCUUAUGACACGUACCCACGGCCACCCUCAAACCAGGUGAGUUGUGCGAGUCCUUAUCUAGAACCCAAGCACGGCCGCCUCUCAUCCACAGAAACGUCACAGUCUCGCUCCUCUCAUGAGGAGUACCGCUCCGAACCGCAAGGCGGCAGCAGCAGCGGAGGAGGUUCCCCAGCUCGGAAGUCUGCCAGCCAGCGGCGCUCAUGGCAGGACCUGAUUGAAACCCCUCUGACCAGCUCAGGCCUCCACUACCUGCAGACCCUGCCCCUAGAGGACGCUGUGUUCUGCGAGCCAGGGGCCGGACUUUCUCCAGAAUAUCGCCGCCAGUCCACUCUACCUGCACAACGCACACUGAUGCAGGAACAUUACGGUCCCUUUCCAAUGCUUGAAGGGGAAAGGCUCCGAGAGCCUGUUAAUGCAGCCGGGAAACCCCGCAGCUUCACCUUGCCUCGGGAUAGCGGCCUGCAUGCCCUCCUUACACCCACCUCCAGCAUGGCAGAUCAGCGGGACCCCAGCCGCAGAGAGCUCAGCCGUUCACACUGCAUCAAUAAUGGCGGGGAGCAGGAGUGCCAUGGGCAGGCGGAUUCGCUUGGUGAUUUGUACCGCGCGCUGGAGCGUGCCAGUCUGUCGCCUAUUGGUGAGCACCGCCUUUCCACCCGUCUGGAGUACAAACACCUUUUCAUCCGGCGUUGCAACGAUCCACAGCUAAAUGACAAACUGCAUCAUCUCCGCAUCCUGCAGAGCACGCUAAAGGACAGGGAGGGCGAGGUAGCACUGAUUGACAAGCUGCUGGCCAAUCCUAAGCUCACGUCCUCAGAGUUCCAGGAAUGGAAGAAAGUUUACAUGGAGCUGUUUUCAUCAGAGCCGCAGCGGGACCGUCAGCCAAGCCCCGCCUCCGAGCUCAGCCCUGCCGCCACACCUGAACCCGCCCCUCGCACACCGUCCCUCUCACACACACACUCCUACAUCGAGACUCACGUCUGACACACACAAACGCAUGCUUCGAUCACUCCACAGAAAAAUGCCCUCACAAUAUAUGAAGUAGUCGUCGCUCACGACCAUCGGACACAGUCUUACUUCCAUGGACCUUAGGCUGGACAUAAAGCGAAAGUACGGGUUGAAUUGGUGUUUGUGGACUGAAUUUUAAUUACGAGGCUGUGAGGAACAUUUAUGAGCGGAAAUAACGUUUAGGUGUAUAAUAAUGCAUCAAGACGUGAUUUGAGAUUAAUAAUUUCAGUAAAUGAGUUACAUUAUUUAAUAAUCAAUAUAAAAUUAACCAAGAGACCAUUUCAGAUUACAUGCACAGGGUGCACUUUAAGUAAAUACUGUCAAGUUUGGCUUUCUUUGUCAUUAUAUUUGACAUGAUUUAUUUGUAUCCAUUGAAGCAAUACAACUUAAUAUUUGAUAUUUUCUUGCUCAGUUAUGAAAUAUAGUGUUUAUGUUCUAUAAUAUUCACAGACUAUAUUUUGAAUCAUAAUAUAUUUACAGUAUAUUAGUAUGAUAACAGUUAUAGCCAUGUUUUUUUUUAUUUAUACGCUUUUUCAUUUAAAUGUAUAACACAUCUUUUAAUAUUUAAUUGCGCAUGCGCUUCUGUUUUUUGUUCAUCUGUUUCCCAAUUCAUGUGGAUUACCUAUCAUCUAACACUCACUUAAAAUUCAUUUUUAAAAACUAUUAUUAACUUAUCAUUUAAGAACAUAAAUGAAUAUCCAUUUUUCAUACUGUACAUUAUCAUUUUGUGAUGCCUAAAUUUAAUCAGCAUUUUAAAGUACAAUUUUGUGACAAUUCUUGACAUAAAAAUAAUUAUCUGCACAAUUUCAUGAUAACAGUUGCCCCUAAGUCCUCCAAUAUUUCAACCUAUCAAACAUACUGUACUUUUAUGGCCUCACAGUCUCGUUUUAAUUGAUGUCAAUUUUGAUACAAUGAUUAAGGUCCAUAAACACAAAUUCUUCUCACUUUUGCUUGUACUUUCACAUCCUGACAGCAAUCGCAGACUCAGUCUGCAUGUGCUUUUGAAAUACUUGAAAAACAUUGUUUACGCAGGCACAGAUAGCUGUAAAAACAAAGCUCUCUCAAUAGCUCGACUCGCAACCCACAAGCUUCAGAGUAUGCCACUUCUGGACACCGGGUUGCCAUGGUUACCAGUCCUCCAAGCGGCUCAGACAAGGAGAGACAAUGCCGUCGCACUGAGAACAAACCUGACCAAACCACCUCUAGACAGGAAGCUGAGAUAGAACCAGAGCACUUGAACUUGGAAAUGGAAGCUACGGACUGGACUCUGAAAGGAAAUCCACAUCUGAGGCGCCAUUCAAACUCUAAAUACACCGACUGGCACACUGUACCUGUGUUUGUCUGUCUUUUUGAAGCAAAUCUCUCAGUGGACGCAUAGACAGUCAUCACACAAGUUGUCUGCCAUGUUUAUAUGCUACUUUAGCAUACUAUAUACUCUACUGUAUCAUACUAUAUAUUUAUGAUCUGCUGUUAUACAUCGGCUGGCCCCGACUUAUAGCACUUGUACAUUCGUGUGGAAGUUGUGUGCGUGUGCAUGAACAUGGAACACUGAUCUCACCACUAUCUCCGUAGAGUGUUUGGAUAUACCAAGAAAAGGCCUUUAAAGGAAUAUCCUUGGUUCAAAAUCAGAUCCGUUCUAUUGACAGCUCUUUGGUUCGUUGCCAGUUUCCACACUCAGUCAUUUUGGCUGAACCCAUAGUAAUGCUCUUAAAAUGGAAUGGUCUAUUGGGGAAGGUAAUUUACGGGCAGAAAAGUGCUGCAUUGUAUUUGUCGAAAUAAUCCUUGUGAGACUUUUCUAGAAGCAGAACUUCUGAAAAUGAGAUAUUACAUUGUACAUUGAAAUGUUGCGAUGCCUAAAUUCAAUAUAUUGAUUACAAAUCAACAGCAAA